AUGUCCAACCCAAAUGACGUCUAUCAACACGAGGAGUUUAUGUUGAAGUUUCAAAAACCUGGCAUGGGAACUCAGGCCGCUAUUGAAGCUUAUGACGUCACGGACAAUGCCGGCUUGUAUGACGAGGCAUCAAAGUGUCUGUGUUACAAGGGUCCAAGGUACUGUGCGGACAUGGUUGCUGGUCUGUUUUCUGUCAACAAAGAUCACGUGACUAUACUAGAUGUUGCUGCAGGCACAGGUUUAGUUGGCGAGGAGCUCAAAAAACGAGGGUUUCAAAACGUUCACGCACUGGAGGCCUCUAUCGGCAUGCUGGAGAUUGCCAGGAGUAAGGGCCACUACUCUCAUUAUUUGUUGGCUAUGGUGACUGAAGGGAAACAACUCCCAUUGCUAAAUGCUUCAUACGAUGCGAUUACUUUAUGUGGAGCCACAUUAGAAAAUCACCUACCACCAGCUGCCCUUGAGGAAUUUGUUAGGCUGAUCAAACCAGGAGGUUAUUUUAUCAACGUGGUCCGGGCAUCGUCGUUAGUCUCUGCUGAUUAUGGGAAACAAUAUGAGAAUAAAGCAUUAGAGCUAGAGGAGAAUGGGAAAUGGGCGCUGUACGGACGCAUGAAA